GAAGAGCAGCAGCACACGGGGGGCCACGCCUCCCCCAGUCCACCUACCUCCUCUCUGUCUCUGACCGCAGCAGGUCUCUGUCUCCAUCUUCGAGAGGCUUCCUCCCUCCGCCGCCAUGGCCGCCGCCCGCCUGCUCCCGCUGCUCAGACGCCGCCUCGCCGCCACGAACGCCGACUCGCCCGCCCCCUCCUCCCGAGGAUUUUCGUUUCCUCCAACCACAUCUGCAGGGCUAAGAUCCCUCCUGACAGUUACCGAAGCAAGCAACAAUGCAUCGGACAACAAUCCUUUGGACCAUGAGCAAGAGGGUUCCAGAACCGACACGCCUCCAGCUUCAGUCCCUGCACCGGAGCCCAGCUUCAAGGUCAGAGAUACCUCCAACCUGAAGAUCUCGCCCAGGCACUACCUUGCCAUGAUCUUUACAUGCAAGAUCUGCGAGACCAGGUCUAUGAAGAUGGCCAGCCGGGAUUCGUACGAGAAUGGAGUUGUGGUUGCACGCUGUGGUGGUUGCAACAACCUCCACCUUAUAGCAGAUAGGCUAGGCUGGUUUGGGGAGCCAGGGAGCAUUGAGGACUUCCUAGCAGCCAAAGGAGAGGAGGUGAAGAAAGGUUCAACGGAUACUCUCAACGUCUCUCUCGACGACUUGGUUGGGUCUCAGAUGAACCAUCGCAGUGGCCCCGUUCAAUCCGCCGCGGAACGAGGCAGCGCACGCAUGUCCCCGCGGCGGCUCGCGCAUCCGGGAAUGGAAGUCCGGCCAGUCGAAGCUCGUGGCGAGGCCGUCUACCACACCGUGUUCUACGCCCCGCCGGCGACGGAGAAGUUGGCGUUGGCGGCGAGAGGGCGCCGAGGAGACAGCUGAGCCAUGCAUGGCGAUCAAAGAUGACGAGUAACUGGGGUGAAGAAUGGCAUCUCUUCCACAACCCGGACUGAAUCUUCUCAGCCAAUCCGUACCUGCAAGGCUGCAAUGCAUGCGAGAGCACCAGGACAGACAUGGAAGGAGCCCAGGCACGAGCUGCACCACUAACACGGUGACACCAGCCGGCCAGCUCCAUCCACCUCUGAACGUCCUGGAGCUGCAAGGAUCGCUGUGUGUUAAAAAGGAAACCCAAUCCAAUCCAAGGGAUGGAUGUGGUCAUGUGGACAGGGUUGCAAGUGGAAGCCACGGCCACGGGUUCACUGGGCGGGCCUCCGCGCCAGCAGGUCGGUCAGGGUCACAGAGGAGUUACACGUUGUGAAAAUUCAGAAAUGGUUUCAGAUCA